CUUUAAUUGUUCUAUACGCCCGCCUAAAGCGAAUCAAGCCAAAGUUACCGAGGCUUCUCGAUAAUACCGUAACAGCAUCCAAACUACUGUUUCUCAACCUCCAUCCACGUCACACCAUUACAAUAAAUAAUCUCACGAUUCAUCGAUAAUCUACCUCCCACGAUGCAUCGAACAUACUCUAUGCGCCAGACUCGGGCGCCUACUGCCUCUCAGAUCCAAAACCCCCCUCCCCCGCCAUCGUCCACCAAGUCCGGUAGACUAUUCGGAAGAGGCGGAUUUGGACAUGCGCUCCGUCGCAAUGCCGCUGGCGCCUUCGGGCCUGACCUCGCCAAGAAGUUGACUCAACUUGUUAAGAUGGAGAAGAAUGUGAUGCGAAGUUUGGAGCUUGUCGCAAAGGAGCGCAUGGAGGUCGCUCAACAACUAUCCCUCUGGGGCGAGGCGGCUGAUGAAGAUGUAUCUGACGUCACCGACAAACUUGGUGUGCUUAUCUACGAAAUUGGCGAGCUCGAAGAUCAGUAUGUCGAUCGGUACGACCAGUACCGAGUCACUAUGAAGAGUAUCAGAAACAUCGAGGCAUCGGUACAACCUAGUCGAGACCGGAAGCAGAAGAUCGCCGACCAGAUCGCUCAACUCAAGUACAAGGAACCAAACUCACCCAAGAUCGUCGUCCUUGAACAGGAACUAGUUCGCGCCGAAGCCGAAUCGCUCGUCGCCGAAGCCCAGCUAUCUAACAUCACCCGCGAGAAGCUAAAGUCCGCCUACGCAUACCAGUUUGACGCUCUCCAGGAGCACUGCGAGAAGGUCGCUAUUAUUGCCGGGUACGGAAAGCACCUGCUUGAGUUAAUCGAUGAUACCCCCGUGACCCCGGGUGAAACCCGCGCCGCGUACGACGGCUACGAAGCUAGCAAGGCCAUCAUUCAAGACUGCGAAGACGCGCUAACUAACUGGGUGUCGUCGAACGCCGCCGUGAACCCGAAGCUAUCCACUCGAGCCCGCACGCUAUCGACGAGACGUCGUAACAAUAUCAAAGCCCGGACAGAAGGUUUAGACCUAUCAGGCCAAGAUGCGCCGCUCAAUGACCGCGAAUCUUGGGUCGCGGCUGGCGAACACAAGAAUCACGAAUACGAAGAGGAGGACUUAGAAGAGGAUGACCAAGCACACUCCGUAUUAGACUCCGAAACCGGAUUGAAUGGCGAGCACAGAGGCAGAGCACCAGAGAUGGCCGCUUAGAAAGCUUAAUCGUUUUCUCUGGUUGUUAAAAGCCACACAUUAAUAAUGUCUAAUACGAGAAAAGAUGCGGCGGUUAUGGGGAAGCCCGAUACGAAUCUCGGGGCAUUCAAUUUUGUUUUCAGGGAGUUCUUGAGACCAGUCUCGGGGGUUCUUGAGCACCGGUCGUCUCGGGUGAAAUAAUAGGAUGGAUGGAUGGACUGACAGGACCUUGACGGCGCAGACGUGGACGGGCUUUUAUGCGACACACGAUAGGAGAGGGUCUUGACGUUCUUCCGGACAACCGAACAACAAUAACAACAACAACAACAGUGUUUUUCUUGUACUUAUAGUGGCAAAAGAGUAUUUUUGGCGCCUUUUUCAGGGAUGAUACACGAGAUGAGCUUUAGGAAAGAGAAACGAAGCCGUUCUAAGC